CAAAGUGCUUCCUUGUUCUAUCAUAUCUGAACUAAGCAAACCAAGCUGAAGGAGUGUGAUCCUUUGUUUAUGUAGUUUGAUGUUACUUCGGGAAAACAUGGACAAAGCUGUGAUACACUUCAUCAUCCUGGGAGUCAUCUCAGGUUUAACUGAAGGAGCUGGUGUGUUGCAAGACGGUCCUCUGAAUGCAACUGUGGGAGGGAAAGUGAUGUUCACCACAACACUGACUCCAGCAGGAACACCAUUUCAAUCAGUGACGUGGAGAUUUGGUUUUAAAGAUAUAUUCAUUUGCAAUGUUAACAACUUCACUAAACCAGAGUAUGAAGGCAGGAUCACCUUCUUCACGUCUACUGGAUCUCUGGAGCUCAGGAACCUGGCUCUAACUGACAGUGGAGAAUACACAGUCAGCAUUAUUCAAGCUGGAGAACCAACAAUGUCAGGGAACACAAGACUGGAAGUAUACGACAGGGUGUCUGAAGGUCUCUCAGCUGAUGCCAUCGCUGGGAUAGUUGUCUCGUUGAUAGUAGUAGUUUUUGCAGGAGGGGCUGCAGGGUUUUAUGUUUACAAAUCAAAAAAACCUCAACAAAGCAGUGAAGAAGUCAGAAACAACAGCGACGAUGAAACACAUUCUGAUAACAAAGAUCCAGAAGAGUGCAUCUACGAGAACACUUCAGCGAUAUAUCAGAACAUAUAGACUCAACGAUGUGCUUUCCAUUAAAAAAAAGGUGGGCUUUCAGCAGGCCACUUGGAGGAAGAAGAGCUUCUCAACAAGAUGAAAGCUUCAGCAGCAAUGACACAUUAUUGUCUUACUGAUUUUCAGCAAUGCAUUUAUCAUUUUCAGUACAGCAGCCUGCUGCACACGUGCUCUAAGUACGUGUGCCAAGUCCAAAUUGAACAAUGUGUUUAAACUUGUCUUGUAGUAAAGUUGUGUUUAUGUUUGGUUGCUCCUUUUAGAUUUUAAGUUCUUCUUCGUCAUGCUGAUUCAAAGUCCAAACCAACCAAUCGUCCAACCAGUGUUUUACUUUGUUGCCUAUCAGUGUAAAGGAUAUCAAUAUGCAAGUAUUCUAAAUGUUCUACAGUUUAACAAAGCCCUGACAUAAUGAAGUGCGAUUGGACUCAUUGCUCCGCAGUUGAUCUACCGUAUGCAAUUGAAUUGAAACAACAACCAGGUUUAAAAAGGACUCUGAGAAGAUAAAAGACACACUCGUAUGGAA